ACCCCCACCCCCUCCCUCGCCCCUCGCCCCGACCCGGCCGGAGGAUGGCAGAGAAGGACGGAACCGAGGAGCCCGGUCAGUGUCGGACCUUCGUGCGGCUCAACGACCUGUCCGGGGCCGGGGGCCGGCCGGGCCCGGCCGACAGAGACGCGGCCAGCGCCGGCUCGGAGACCGAGGGGCUGCCCUAUCCGGCCCUGGCACCGGUGGUCUUCUUCUACCUGACCCAGGAGAGCCGCCCGCGGAGCUGGUGCCUUCGCAUGGUCUGUAGCCCCUGGUUCGAGCGGGUCAGCAUGUUGGUCAUCCUGCUCAACUGUGUGACCCUGGGCAUGUUCCAGCCGUGCGAGGACAUCGCCUGUGAUUCCCAGCGCUGCCGGAUCCUGCAGGGCUUCGACGACUUUAUCUUCGCUUUCUUCGCCGUGGAGAUGAUCGUGAAGAUGGUCGCCCUGGGGAUCUUCGGGAAGAAGUGUUACCUGGGCGACACCUGGAACCGACUGGACUUCUUCAUCGUCAUCGCAGGGAUGCUGGAGUACUCGCUGGACCUGCAGAACGUCAGCCUCUCCGCCGUGAGGACCGUCCGGGUGUUGCGGCCUCUCCGAGCCAUCAACCGUGUGCCCAGCAUGCGGAUCCUGGUCACCCUGCUGCUGGACACGCUGCCCAUGCUGGGGAACGUCCUGCUUCUCUGCUUCUUCGUCUUCUUCAUCUUCGGCAUCGUGGGCGUCCAGCUGUGGGCCGGCCUGCUGCGGAACCGCUGCUUCCUGCCCGAAAACUUCAGCCUGCCUCUGACCGUGGACCUCGAGCGGUACUACCAGACGGAGAACGAGGACGAGAGCCCCUUCAUCUGCUCGCAGCCGCGGGAAAACGGCAUGCGGUCGUGCCGCAGCGUCCCCCUGCUCCGCGAGGAGGGGCUCCCCUGCAGCCUGGACCUGGGAGCCUACAACAGCUCCACCAACACCACCUGCGUCAACUGGAACCAGUACUAUACCAACUGCUCCGCGGGCGAACACAAUCCCUUCAAGGGCGCCAUCAACUUCGACAACAUCGGCUACGCCUGGAUCGCCAUCUUCCAGGUCAUUACCCUUGAGGGGUGGGUGGACAUCAUGUACUUCGUGAUGGAUGCUCACUCGUUCUACAACUUCAUCUACUUCAUCCUCCUCAUCAUCGUGGGCUCCUUCUUUAUGAUCAACCUGUGCCUGGUGGUCAUCGCCACUCAGUUCUCGGAGACGAAGCAGCGCGAGAGUCAGCUGAUGAAGGAGCAGCGGGCGCGCUUUCUGUCCAACGCCAGCACCCUCGCCAGCUUCUCGGAGCCGGGCAGCUGCUACGAGGAGCUGCUCAAGUACGUGGUCUACGUGCUGCGCAAGGGCGCGCGGAGGCUGGCCGAGGUCUCCCGGCUGCUGGCCAGCCCCGGGGGCCGGCCGGGCCCGGAGACCCCCGCCGGCAAGGAGCGGGCCGGCCGGCGGGAAAGGCGGAGGCCGCGGCGCCGGCCCCAGGCCUCCGUCCACCACCUGAUCCACCACCACCACCAUCACCACCAUCACUACCACCUGGGCAACGGAAGUCCGCGGACCAGCCCCGAGCUGGGCGACGUGGAGCCCGACCCCAGUCCCGGCCCCGGCCGCCUCACGCUCCCGGCGGCCCCGAGCGCCCCGGCCCCGCCGGCCCACCCCCCCGGGGGCGGCGCCGAGUCGGUGCACAGCGUCUAUCACGCCGACUGUCACUUCGAGCCGGUGCGCCGCUCGGCCUCCGGGCCGGGCCCCGAGGGGCCGGGCGGGGGUCCGGCUGUGAGCGUGGCCGGGGGGAAGGUGUACCCUACGGUCCACCCGGGCCCCUCUCCCGAGGAGCUGAAGGAGAAACUGCUGGGAGAAGCGGCCGCCGGCCCCGGGCCCCCCACCCUCACCAAUCUCAACAUCCCGCCCGGCUCCUACGGCAGCGUGUACAAACUGCUGGACCCCCACAGCACCGACUCCUGCCAUAGUUCCUGUCGCCUGGCUGGCCGUGGCAACCGAGUACCUAGCAGCCCCUGCGGCCCCUGCAGUCCCGACAACUGCCCCUACUGUGCCCAGGCCCUGGCCGGCGAGGCCGAGUUCACUGACGAGGACUCGGACAGCGAGGGGGUCUACGAGUUCAGCCAGGACCCCCAGGCCGGGGACGGGCGGGGGCGACCCCGGGCCCGGAGGCCCAGCCGGCCGCUGGCUCUGUGGGCGCUUGUGUGCGAGACUUUCCGCAAAAUCGUGGACAGCAAGUACUUUGGGCGCGGGAUCAUGAUCGCCAUCCUGGUCAACACCUUGAGCAUGGGGGUCGAGUACCACGAACAGCCCGAGGAGCUGACCAACGCCCUGGAGAUCAGCAACAUAGUCUUCACCAGCCUCUUCGCCCUGGAGAUGUUGCUCAAGAUCCUGGUCUACGGCCCCUUCGGCUACAUCAAGAACCCGUACAACAUCUUCGACGGCAUCAUCGUGGUCAUCAGCGUGUGGGAGAUUGUGGGGCAGCAGGGCGGCGGCCUGUCCGUGCUGCGCACCUUCCGGCUCAUGCGGGUCCUGAAGCUGGUGCGGUUCAUGCCCGCCCUGCAGCGCCAGCUGGUGGUGCUGAUGAAGACGAUGGACAACGUGGCCACCUUCUGCAUGCUGCUCAUGCUCUUCAUCUUCAUCUUCAGUAUCCUGGGCAUGCAUCUCUUCGGGUGCAAGUUUGCGUCGGAGCGGGACGGGGACACUCUCCCGGACAGGAAGAAUUUCGACUCCCUGCUGUGGGCCAUCGUCACCGUCUUCCAGAUCCUGACGCAGGAGGACUGGAACAAAGUGCUGUACAACGGCAUGGCCUCCACCUCCUCCUGGGCGGCCCUCUACUUCAUCGCCCUCAUGACCUUCGGCAACUACGUCCUCUUCAACCUGCUGGUGGCCAUCCUGGUGGAGGGCUUCCAAACCGAGGAAAUCAGCAAACGGGAAGAGGCGAGUGGGCAGCUGAGCUGUAUUCAGCUGCCUGUCGACUCCGCGGCGGGAGAUGCCACCAAAUCUGAGUCGGAGGCCGACUUCUUCUCGCACAGCCUGGAAGAGGAAAGCGGAGGGAAGAGGAAUCUCCCGAGCCUGGCGUUGAUGUCUCUGGCGGAGCCCCCGGAGCUGAGGAAGAGUCUGACGCCUCCGCUGAUCAUCCACACGGCACCCACCCCCAUGCCCAUGCCCAGAUGUUCCGGGUUCGGGGACGGUGCCCAGGGCGCCGCCUCCCGCCGGGCCAGCAGCGUCUCUGCCGACCCCUGCGCCUGCGAGACCAAGUCUCCGCCCAGCGCGCGCAGCUCUCCGCACAGCCCCUGGAGCUCGGCCGGCAGCUGGACCAGCCGGAGGUCAAGCUGGAACAGCCUGGGCCGAGCCCCCAGCCUGAAGCGCCGCAGCCAGAGCGGGGAGCGCCGGUCCCUGCUGUCCGGAGACGGCCAGGAGAGUCUGGACGAGGGCGAGAGCUCGGACGAAGAGCCGUCCAGUCGGGCGGGGAGCGUCCGCGGGGGCCCGCGCCUGGGGUCCCUGGAGGCCAAGGGCUCCGGCGAUCUUCAGGAUACGCUGCAGGUGCCCGCGCUCUACCGCACGGCCAGCACGGCCAGCGGCCGCACCGUGUCCUCGGAGCAUCAGGAUUGCAACGGCAAGACGGCCGCGGGGGUCCAGGCCCGGCAGCAGCGCCCGGAGGAGCCGCGCCCGGAUGGGGACGAGGGCGACGAUGAAGACAACAUGAGCCCAGGCGAGCGGGUGCGAGCCUGGAUUGGCGCCCGCCUGCCCGCGUGCUGCCGGGAGAGAGAUUCGUGGUCCGCUUUCAUCUUCCCGCCCCAGUCCAGGUUCCGUCUGAUGUGCCACAGGACCAUCACCCAUAAGAUGUUUGACCAUAUCGUCCUGGUCAUCAUUUUCCUCAACUGCAUCACCAUCGCCAUGGAGCGGCCCAAAAUCGACCCCCACAGUGCCGAGAGGAUUUUCCUGACGCUCUCGAACUACAUCUUCACGGUCAUCUUCCUCGCCGAGAUGACCGUCAAGGUGGUGGCGCUGGGCUGGUGCUUCGGGGAGCGAGCCUACCUCAAGAGCAGCUGGAACGUGCUGGACGGCGUCUUGGUGCUCAUCUCGGUCAUCGAUAUCCUGGUGUCCCUGGUCUCGGACAGCGGCACCAAGAUCCUGGGAAUGCUGCGGGUGCUACGGCUGCUGCGGACCCUCCGGCCGCUCAGGGUCAUUAGCCGCGCCCAAGGCCUGAAGCUGGUAGUGGAGACUCUGAUGUCUUCGCUAAAGCCAAUCGGGAACAUAGUGGUCAUCUGCUGCGCUUUCUUCAUCAUCUUCGGCAUUCUCGGGGUGCAGCUCUUCAAGGGGAAGUUCUUUGUGUGCCAGGGGGAGGACACGAGGAAUAUCACCAACAAGUCCGACUGCGCCGAGGCCAGUUACCGAUGGGUCCGGCACAAGUACAACUUUGACAACCUCGGGCAGGCCUUGAUGUCCCUGUUCGUCCUGGCCUCCAAAGACGGCUGGGUGGACAUCAUGUACGACGGUCUGGACGCCGUGGGGGUCGACCAACAGCCAGUCAUGAACUACAACCCCUGGAUGCUGCUCUAUUUCAUCUCCUUCCUGCUCAUCGUGGCCUUCUUCGUGCUGAACAUGUUCGUGGGGGUGGUGGUGGAGAACUUCCACAAGUGUCGCCAGCAUCAGGAGGAAGAGGAGGCCCGGAGGCGUGAGGAGAAGCGGUUGAGGAGGCUGGAGAAAAAGAGAAGGAAUCUAAUGCUGGACCAUGCACUAGUCACGGAUGGCUUGGCCGGCGCAGGGCCAGAAGCGCAGUGCAAGCCCUAUUACUCCGACUACUCCCGCUUCCGGCUCCUCGUCCACCAGCUCUGCACCAGCCACUACCUGGACCUCUUCAUCACCGGCGUCAUCGGCCUCAACGUCAUCACCAUGGCCAUGGAACACUAUCAGCAACCUAAGGUCUUGGAUGAAGCCUUGAAGAUCUGUAACUACAUCUUCACCGUCAUCUUCGUCCUCGAGUCCGUCUUCAAACUGAUGGCCUUCGGCUUCCGCCGCUUCUUCCAGGACAGGUGGAACCAGCUGGACCUGGCCAUCGUCCUGCUGUCUAUCAUGGGCAUCACCCUGGAGGAGAUCGAGGUGAACGCAUCGCUGCCCAUUAACCCCACGAUCAUCCGCAUCAUGCGUGUCCUCCGCAUCGCCCGUGUCCUGAAACUGCUGAAGAUGGCGGUGGGGAUGCGGGCCCUGCUGGACACGGUGAUGCAGGCGCUGCCUCAGGUGGGAAACCUGGGCCUUCUCUUCAUGUUGUUGUUUUUCAUAUUUGCAGCUUUGGGGGUGGAACUGUUUGGCGAUCUGGAGUGCGACGACACCCACCUGUGCGAGGGCCUGGGUCGCCACGCCACCUUCAGGAACUUCGGCAUGGCUUUCCUCACGCUCUUCCGCGUCUCCACCGGGGACAACUGGAACGGGAUCAUGAAGGAUACCCUGCGAGACUGCGACCAGGAGUCCACCUGCUACAACACGGUCAUCUCCCCCAUCUACUUUGUCUCCUUCGUGCUGACCGCCCAGUUUGUCCUGGUCAAUGUGGUGAUUGCGGUGCUGAUGAAACACCUGGAGGAGAGCAACAAGCAGGCCAAGGAGGAGGCUGAGCUGGAGGCCGAGCUGGAGCUGGAGAUGAAGACAGUCGGCCCCCUGCCUCCCGCGGGCGAGCCGUUUCCCUGGCCGGUCGGGGAGGCCAGGGACAGCCCGGGCAGCCACAGGGGGCUGCCUCACCCAGCUCCGGUCAAGGAAAGGCACCUGUUUGACACCAUCUCGCUGCUGAUCCAGGGCUCUCUGGAAGGAGAGCUGAAGCAGAUGGACAGCCUGUCCGACUCUGUGUGCCCUCACUAUGCCCUCGCGGCUUCCCAUAGGUGCAGCUCUGAGGAACAGAUCCCUUGUCUGGCCGAGAUGGAGGCUCUGUCUUUGACGUCAGAUAUUCUGUCUGAGCAGUCCUGGGCCCUAGCUCUGGCGGGUGACAGGGCCGAACCCUUCCCUGCCGACGCCUCCCCAACCCCCCCGGUCCCCGGCCAGGGUCUGCUGAGUGUCCGGAAGCUCGGUGUCGGCCGGGCCCACUCCCUGCCCAACGACAGCUACAUGUUCCAAGCCCCCGAACCCAGCGCCCCGCCGGCUCAGCGCACCCGGGAAUUCCCUAAAUCACAGUCCGAAGGCUCCGCCACGUCCGUCCAGUCCCAGCCGGUUGACCCCAGCGCUCCACUGCAGUCUUCCGAUCGCCAACGCCUCCAGCAGCUGCAGCCCCACAGCCUCGCCCCCAAAAUCCCCCCACCGGGCCGCUCCCCAGCCAUGCACAGGCCUCUCCGACGGCAGGCCGCCAUAAGGGCGGAUUCCCUGGGCAGCUGGGAGAACGUGGAGGUGGAGGUCGGGGAGCCCCUCACCCCGCUCCCGGCCCCUUGGACCCCCACUGCCCAGCUCCACGCCGCUCCAGAGGCUCCAGGCUGGGCCCGGUCCGGCGCGCAGGACCAGCAGCGCCCGUCUCGCAGCCUCCGUCCGACCCCGCAGCCCCCGUGGCCGGGCCAGAGCCCGAGCCCGGGCCGACCUGCCCGAGGGGACCGCGGACAUCCCGAAGGCUCCGGGAUGGACAGCUACUUGGAGCCGUUCUCUCCGGAUUCCUGUCCGGCCUGGAGCUCCCGCUCGGGGUCCCAGCCCGCCCCCGGCCCCGCUGCCAGCGGAGGGGGAGUGGGGACACUGAAGGACCUGAAGAAAUGCUACAGCGUGGACACGCAGGGCCGCCUCCGCAAGCCCCCGUCGUGGCUGGACGACCAGAGGAGACACUCCAUCGAGGUCAGCUCCCUGGACAGCGGGCCCCAGCCCCACGCCGCGGCCACCGCCUCCGGCUCCUCGGGCUUCAUCAGCCAGGGCCUGAGCGAGCUGGAGGCGAGGCCCGGGGGGACUCGGCCCAAGAAAAAAUUGAGUCCCCCCUGCAUCUCCAUCGACCCUCCCGAGGGCCAGGGCCCGGGCCCCUUCCCGCGCGCCCCCCUCAGCCUCUCCACCGUGGGGGCUGAAGUCUGCCUGCGCCGGCGGGCGCCGUCCUGCGACUCCCACAAGGACUCGGGCGAGGCGGACGACCCCCCGUUGCCCCCCGUGGGCGCCGCCCCCGCCCCUUCCCCUCCUCCCACGAGGGACUUGCUGACCCUCCUCCCCACGUUCUCCUUCGACCCGACAGACUCGGAGCUUUGAAUCCCACCCCUCCGGCUCCCCGGCCCCCCUCCCCACUCCCCCCUUUGUCCAGUGCCAAAUUUCUUCUCCUACUUCCAGGAUAUAUUUUUAAAGUUAAAUGAAACCCAACCCACAAACUCUUCUCGAGUCCUCAGCGGCCCCGGGUGAACACCAUUUCCAAAGACGGUUGCCAAGAACUAGCUUGGUCAUGAUUUGGGGGGCUGGGGGGCGGGGGAGAGCCAGAGAGAGGGAGAGCGGGAGAUGCAAUCGAUAUACCACGCUUAAGGAAGCAAGGGACCUGCUUGAGGAAAAGCAAUACAUUGUGCAGAAUCUAUAUGUAUAUUCUAUUUUAUUAAAUUAAUUCAAUCUAGUAUUGCGGGAUGUACUACAUUUUGUGACUUGAGAAACUUGGUUCUUUUUCCUUUCCUUCUCUUAUAUGUCUCCGAAUAUUUCAAAGCCGCAGGUGUUUUGGCUAUUUUAACCUGGAAUCCCACGAGUACUCGGUCCUUUUCCGUCUCCCCCUCCCCUACCAUGGAAAGCACAAAAUGUAGCCAUUAGUGCAUUAAGUUAGACAACUCUGCCCUUGCGCAGCGGGGGGGCGAAGUCACUUUGAAACUGUAAUAUGUAACUUAUUUUCUCCUUGAAAACUCGUAAUCCUUUUCUGUAGAAAAAAAACCAACAAAACCACACACACAAAAUAGUCCGUUGGAGAUUUUACGAAAGCAAUGGAAUAUUUAAAAAAAAUAAAUAAAGUAAUUUUCCAAAAUAAA